AUGGUCACCGUCUCUCCCGUCUUCAUCGUCUCCAUAUCGACUCUUCUCGUGUUACUCGCCAAGCCGACGCGCGUUGACGCCACCUCGGCGAUCAACGAGGCGAGAUAUCGCGUCGUCAGGAGAUACAACGCGUUGUGUCCUCUCGUUAUCACGCGCCCCGAUCCGCAUCUCCCGCCAAUCUUCUCACCACGCCACGAUCCGCGUGCUAUCACGGGUAUCCACCUGGCGGCGAGCGGUGAUGCGACAUCGAUGCGUAUUUCGUGGAGCAGUGAAGUGUGGUGUCGUCCAGCGCGUGUCGAGGUGGAGCGCGCGCAGCGGGUGGCGGGAGCCAAUGGAAUUACGACGUCGGAGAUUGUCGUUGAAGACCCGUACGAGAUGGUGCACAGUAUGUACAAGAGCGGGUACUUUCACCACGCGCUCGUGAGGGGAUUGCGAGAGAGGAAGAGGUACACAUAUCGAAUACAAUGUGGCAGCUAUUGGUCCGACAGCUUCUCAUUCACUACUCCACCCGUCGACGGCGAUCUCUCUCCUGUUCGUGUUCUACUCAUCGGUGAUCACGGAACACGCAUGGAAGGAAACAGAACCGUAUACUCCAUGCUCGACGCACACAACCGCAUUCCCUACGAUAUGGUCAUUCACCUUGGUGAUAUCUCCUAUGCCAAUGGUGGGUAUGACGAAUACAUUUGGGACGUGUGGGCGGACAUGGUGGAGCCACUAGCAGCGGUACUACCAUAUAUGGUCACGCCGGGAAAUCAUGAAAUCUUGCUCGCAGACUCGGGCGGCGAAGUCGGAAUUCCGUACACGAAACGGUUUUCCAUGCCCAUGGAACGUGACGGAUCCGGCAGCGAGUAUUGGUACUCGUGGAAUUACGGGCAAGUCCAUUUCGUGUCAGUGUCGUCUGAGCAUGCUCAGAACAUCUCACAACAGCAGUGGGUGGAAACCGAUUUGAUGACGGCUAGUGAGCGACGUCAUGUGACUCCUUGGAUUGUCAUGUUCGGACAUCAAUCGAUUUAUACGAGUAAUCAACGCCAUGGUAACCAGUCGGUACUCCGGGAAUGGCUCGAUCCGCUUCUCUUGCUCUACGAUGUCGAUAUCCUAUUCUGGGGUCACGAUCACGUCUACGAACGAACAUACCCGAUCAGCAACUCGACGGUCUACCAGACUGACUAUGUGGAUGCGAAGGCUCCAGUGCAUGUCACAUGUGGCGCAUCCGGCUGGGACCUCCACAACUGCUGGCAGCCUGACGUCAUGUUCUCUGCAUACCAUAAUGGUAAUACGUGGGGUUACUGUGCCUUACACGUGAUCAGCCCAACCACCUCGGAGAUACAAUUCGUAAACAGUGAGACCAACGAGGUCACAGAUUCGUUUCGCCUUACAAAAUCUCGAAGGUCACCACAUAGUGACACCAAACAGGCAAAUCAAAACAACCAUGAACCGUCAGGUCAACACACGGGUGUCGCCACAGCAAAGGAUGGCGGCAAUCUUGCAGUGAAUACACUCGUGAGUCCAGAUUAUGAAACACAGAGUGCGACCAGAAAUGUGACUGUAGACACAUCGGGGCAUUCUCAGCAGGCGAACAGGCGAGUGAAGUUGAAAGACACGAAGCACACUGGCUUGUCUGAAGAUGGACAGACGACCAAACAGACAUCACUGCCUGUCGAACCUGCUUAUGACUUGGAGACGUCACAUGUAACACCAUCUGGCAGUUCAGAGAAAGACGUAGCAACCCGAGUUGUGUUGCCACAUUUUCCAACAAACAUUAAGCAGAUCUCUGAUCCAACUGGCGGUGUCAUAGCGACAUCAUCGUCGGCAUCAUUGUUGUCUACAGAUGGUGGUGAUCGUAAACGUUCGUCUACUGUUUGGGGGUUGACUGCAGUUGGCUGGAUUGUUGUGUCAUCACUGGCGGUUGUGUUUGUUGCGAAUGUAGCAUUUUAUUUGUGGAAACGGAGGACAAGAGUGAAGAAAAAGAAAUAUGAGUUGGUACCGUUGAAUGAUAUCUUACUUGCUGGCAGUGACAUAGAAGCGUAGAAAGAUUAGGAAUUUAUAUGAAGUACAUACUUAGUAUUGUAUAGUUGGCGUAUUUAUUUCUUUUCUGUAGUGAGGAGGCAAUAGAAAUGGAUCUAUAGACUGUGUUACCUUUCUGUUAUGGUUUUAUUACUAGUUCUAUAUGUUUGCUUUAGUAUGAUGACAUCGAUUUUAAUUUGGAGAUUUACGUCAGUAUG